AUGCUGUAUACCAAGCUGACCAGCCCGCUCGGGCUUGCACGAUCAUCGGUCACCGCUCGACAGCUCUCGACGUUGACCACCAGAUCAAUCGUACGAGCUCGGGUCAGCCCUAUCGCCUCAUCGUCUUCCAUCCAAGCCUCAGCGUCACAAAUCAGCUCCGCUCGAUGCGCACGUCUGGAUGCCAGCUCGAGCUUGGCUUACGCGAUCCGCAGCUUGUCCCAAUCAACAAGGUCGGCAGAAGCCGCCACUGCCACUGCGACAUCAACGCAGGACGAGUACAUUCCACAAGAUGACGUGGCUCCAGAGAGCGGCAUGGCCGUUCAAACAAAAGGCAAACGUGCCAAAGAUGAGACUUUCGCAUCCUUGAAAGGCUCGAUCAAUCCAUCCAUCCUCAAAGCCUUGACCGUCAAGCCAUUCACAUAUACCACCAUGUCGGCCGUGCAGCAGAGCGUCCUUCACCUCCUUCCAGAACUCGCGAGCGGCGUUGGAGAGUCGGCCGCACCCAUGCCCGACGGACAGGGCAGGGAUAUGCUCGUCAAGGCAAAGACAGGAACGGGUAAGACCAUCGCCUUCCUUGUGCCUGCUCUCGAAGCUCGUCUGCGAUCCAUCGAAGAUGUUCGCAAUGGCAAGUUCUCCAAACCCUGGCUCGAGAUGCUUCAGAGACACAGACCCGAACUCGACGUAUCCUCCCUGAAGAAGAAGGAGCUCGAAGAGAUUGUCAAGCAGUUCGUCAACAACACUGUCGGCACCCUCAUCUUGUCGCCAACCAGAGAGCUGGCCACUCAGAUCGCCGACGAAGCCAAGAAGCUGCUUUCACACCAGCCUGAGCUCAAGGUACAGCUCCUUGUCGGAGGCGCAAGCCGAAAUUUCCAGAUCAACGAUUGGAGGCGCUCAAGACCUGACGUCGUUGUCGCCACUCCCGGUCGUAUCCUGGACCUGCUCAACGAUGUCGGCAUGAUCCGCGAGGCCAUGACAGCAUGUCGUACCCUCAUCCUCGACGAGGCCGACACGCUUCUCGAGAUGGGUUUCCGCGACGAUUUGCAGGCCAUCAUGCGCCAUCUCCCCGCCAAAGUGGACCGUCAGAACAUGCUCUUCAGUGCCACCGUCAGCCCCGAGAUUCGUGCCAUCGCUCGUGCCAGCUUGGAAAAGGACCACCGUUUCGUCGAUUGCGUUCCUGCCGGCGAAGAGAACGUCCACAAGCACAUCCCCCAGUACGCCACCGUUCUGGAGUCAGCAGAGGAGCAGAUUCCUCACGUUCUGCGUCUCAUCGCCCAUGACCAGCUCAUCAACCCUGGCAAAUCCAAGACUAUCGUCUUUGCACCCACCACAAAGAUGACCGAGUUGUUGGCCGACGUGAUCCGUGGCGCCCAACGUCAUCUGCCUGCCCCGACCUCUAGCGUCUAUGAGAUUCACAGCAAGAAGGACCAGCGAGCGCGAUUCAACACCAGCGAUCGCUUCCGCAAGGACAAGAGUGGAGCGAGCGUGCUCGUCACCAGCGACGUCAGUGCACGUGGCGUAGACUAUCCUGGCACCACGCGUGUCAUCCAGGUCGGCAUUCCCAGCAGCAAGGACCAGUACAUUCACCGCAUCGGUCGAACCGGUCGUGCCGGCGCUCAAGGUCGAUCCGACAUCGUGCUGCAGAACUUUGAACGUGGUUUCCUCUACUAUCAGCUGGACGACCUUCCCGUCAACCAGCUGCACGUCGAUGAUCUCGUGCAAGAGGUUGAAACGCUAUCCAAGCGCUUCGACGAGUCGCCGGACGAGUUUUCUGCGCCCGAGGAGCUCGUUCAGGAAGCCAGGAAGUACGCUAAGAGCUACGAGUUCCAGAAAGGCAUCCGCGGUCGCGAAAAGAACCUCAGCGCAGCCAGACCCCCUGCCAAGAUCCGAGGACCUCUGACGGGCAAGUUUGCCACCGAGACGCUGACGCCGCUCAUUGAGAAUUCGCUCCAGUCGCUCGAGGAAGAGGACGCUGUGCGCGAAACGUUCAACUCGCUGCUCGGCUUCUACCUUGGCAAGGGUGACGAGCUGCGCACCAACAAGAUGUCGGUUCUCGACGGCCUCAAGCAAUGGACAGUCGAGGCUGGUCGCAUGGAACGACCGCCGCACCUCAGCGAUGCCUUUAUGCAGAAGCUCGGCAUCUCUCUCCGCGACCGAAAUGGCGGAAGUUCCGGUCGUCGCUUCAACGCCGGCGGGCGCUGUGGUAGUGGAGGCUCCCGCUCCUUUGGACGCGGUCGCUUCAGCAAGGACGACAAUGACGGCAACUCCGGCCGCUUCGCCGUCGAUGGACGCGGGCCUAGCCGAGACAGUCGAGGAAGCUCCCGAUCGAGCGGCGGACGUGGCGGCAGCAGCAGCUGGGGAAGUGGUCGCGAUGCUCGCGAGAGCCGAUUUGGCCGCGACAGCAGUGCCAGCAAGUGGUAG